GAGCGGGGGCGCCGGGGAGUCGGAAGGACCGCUCGCCUGCGGCCGCCGGAGCCAGGGAGCCGGGAGCCGACGAUCGAAUCAUGUGGCUGGAAAUUUUCCUCGCCUCGGUGCUGGGCUAUGUCAUCUACUGGUUCGUCUCCAAGGACAAGGAGGAAACUUUGCCACUUGAAGAUGGGUGGUGGGGGCCUGGGGUGAGGCCGACGGCCCGGGAGGAUGAGAGCAUCCGCCCUUUCAAGGUGGAAACAUCAGAUGAGCAGAUCAACGACUUACACCAGAGGAUCGAGAAGGCCCGGUUAACCCCACCACUGGAGGACAGUCGCUUUCACUAUGGGUUCAACUCCAACUAUCUGAAGAAAGUCAUCUCCUACUGGCGGAAUGAAUUUGACUGGAAGAAGCAGGUGGAGAUCCUCAACAGAUACCCUCACUUCAAGACUCGGAUUGAAGGGCUGGACAUCCACUUCAUCCACGUGAAGCCCCCGCAGCUGCCCUCCGGCCGCACCCCGAAGCCCCUGCUGAUGGUGCACGGCUGGCCCGGCUCCUUCUACGAGUUUUAUAAGAUCAUCCCAUUCCUGACUGACCCCAAGAACCACGGCCUGAGCGAUGACCACGUUUUUGAAGUCAUCUGCCCUUCCAUUCCUGGCUACGGCUUCUCAGAGGCAUCCUCCAAGAAGGGCUUUAAUUCAGUGGCCACUGCCAGGAUCUUCUAUAAGCUGAUGCUGCGGCUGGGCUUCCAGGAAUUCUACAUUCAAGGCGGGGACUGGGGGUCCCUGAUCUGCACCAACAUGGCCCAGCUGGUGCCCAGCCACGUGAAAGGCCUGCACUUGAACAUGGCUUUGGUUCUAAGAAAUUUCUACACCCUGACCCUUCUUCUGGGACGGCGUUUCUCGGGGCUUUUUGGCUACACCGAGAGGGACGUGGAGCUGAUGUACCCCUUCAAGGAGAAGAUUUUCUACAGCAUAAUGAGGGAGAGCGGCUACAUGCACAUCCAGUGCACCAAGCCCGACACCGUGGGUGAGCGCUGGGGGCGGCCCGGCUCCGCCGACCUUCUCCACCCAGGGGUCGGGGGCAGGAACACUGCUCACAGGCUCUUGUUUGUCGUACCACUGCACGUGGCACUGAGGGUGGCCUUCCGGUUCUGCUUUCCCAGGAAGUUCUCCCUGGACGAUCUGCUGACCAACAUCAUGCUCUACUGGACCACGGGCACCAUCACCUCCUCCCAGCGCUUCUACAAGGAGAACCUGGGACAGGGCUACCUGGCCCAGAAGCAUGAGCGGAUGAAGGUCUACGUGCCCACCGGCUUUGCUGCCUUCCCUUGUGAGUUACUACACGCCCCAGAAAAGUGGGUGAAGUUCAAGUACCCGAAACUGAUCUCCUAUUCCUACAUGCCCCGCGGGGGCCACUUUGCCGCCCUCGAGGAGCCGCAGCUGAUGGCUCAGGACAUCCGCAAGUUCGUGGGGCUGCUGGAGCGGCAGUGACCCUGCCCCUUCACCGGGAAGCCCCGUCUCCCAGCGCCAGCUCCCCGAGGGAGGGGGGCUGCCAGGGAGGCGGCCUCCCCGUCUCCUCCUGGGGAAGAUGCCCCUUUUCUGAGAAUGAGUUUGCUUCUGUCCCCUGCCCAGGCUGGGACCCCGUGCUCACCGCCUCCACGCGCGCUCCCCUCCCCCCCGCCACGUGUUAGCAACCUGGCUUUGACGAUAAACGAUUUUACUUC